UAUGUAAUCCGAGGUACCACUGUACUGUAUUUCCCAUUCUGUCUCGAAUUGAUGGGUGUUGAGCCACAAUGUGUGGAGGACCCCAUGUUGACAGCCCUACCCACCUGAGAGUUGGCCACAGUUGGCUCUGGCCAAUUGGCCCUGUGGACAAUACUGAGCCAGAUGGACCAUACCUACAGUGGAUGCCUAUGGAGUUUGACUCUAUAUAAAUCUGACUCUAUAUAAGGCAUUUUCCAUGUUCCUAAGUGCCUGGGGGAUUCCUGCAGCCAUCUGGCUUGCUUCUGUAAAAAUCUGAGUCCUGGACUAAAUGGAUAAUUGAGGCAUAUAAACAGUUAGGCAUAUGCUACUUUCAGUGAGACUGCCACAAAUCCUGAUAGCUGAAAGGUACGGACAGUACUGAAAAUGGGAUUUGAAAAUCAUUAAUCCGUGAAGAGAUCAGCCACGCAAACCUGCAACUUCUUGCAGACACGUUGAUUUCAAUGUCCAGAAUAACCAAAAGCAUCAAAGCUAAUAUUUGGACAGAGGUCUUUCCAGUAGCUGCCAAUAUUGGGGUUUUUUUUUAGCGUGUGGCCUCCGCAACAAAGGCCGAUCGAGCCACGUCACCAGGAAACGGAUAAUGUCCGGAUAACCAGCGUCACGGCCUGGUCGCCACGAGCAGCUUACCCCCAAUUCAGCUUCAACGUUUGCAAUCGGGAUAAAGGUCGGUCUGCAGAGAGGAAGGAGGGCCAAUCAAUGCCCGCGUCCUGCCGAUUGCCAGAAGGCCGGCUCCAGCCUCAAUGCCCACCCAUCCUCCCCAGGGAGAGAAGGGGGAGCGAGGGCGGAGCAGCGUGUCCUGCUAUGCCCUGUGGCGAAGCAGCGACGGAGGCGGAGAGCUUCUUGCUGCUGCUGGUGCUGCUGCAGCCGCUGCAGGUGGCUGCUUUUCUCGGAUCCUUCCGGAGGGGGCGCUAUCCUGCUUGGGCUCAGCCUCGACGGCAGCAGCAGCAAGACCACCAGCAUCCUAGGCGUGCCGCGCGCUUCCUCGGGGCUGUGAUGUAAGCUGCGGCCGCGCAGCUCGGCGGCGACUUCUGGAGAGAUGAACCUGCAAGGGCUGACCCGCGGGGUGUCCUUCUAUCUGGAGAGCCGCGUCCGGGAGGGGCUGCUGGCUUCCGGCGUCGGGUGGUCCCUGGUGCUGUGCUUCGGGGCCGCUUACGCCUGCUAUUACCUCAGCAGCAUCGCCAAGAAACCUCAGCUGGUGACUGGCAGCAAAGGGUUAUCCUGUUUCCUACAGGACCAUUGCCCUGUGGUGACAGAAACAUACUAUCCCACUGUGUGGUGCUGGGAGGGCCGUAUUCAGACUCUCCUUCGCCCUUUCAUCACAUCUCGACCAUCUGUGCAAUACCGGAAUGAGCUUAUUACAGCAACUGAUGGAGGGCAGAUUUCACUGGACUGGUUUGACAAUCAUGAUAGCAUUCAUUACCCAGAUUCCAGCACCAGACCCACUAUCCUCUUGCUGCCUGGCCUCACGGGAACUAGCAAGGAAUCCUACAUUCUCCAUAUGAUUCAGGAGAGCAAAACACUGGGCUACAGGUGUGUGAUUUUAAACUAUCGAGGAAUUGCUGGUGAAAAUCUCUUGACCCCAAGGACUUACUGUGCUGCUAAUACAGAGGAUUUGGAAACUGUUAUUCAUUAUGUACACAACUUGUACUCCUCAGCUCCGUUGAUGGCAGCAGGUGUUUCUAUGGGAGGCAUGCUCCUUUUAAAUUAUUUGGGCAAAACUGGCAGAGAAACACCACUGAAGGCUGCGGCAAUUUUUUCAGCAGGAUGGAAUGUUUUUGAAUCUGCAGACUCACUGGAAAAGCCAGUGAACUGGCUUCUCUUUAAUUACUACUUAACCAGCUGUCUACAGUCUUCAAUUAUUAGACAUCGGGAAAUGUUUGAUAAGCUGUUCAAUAUGAACCUUGUCAUGAAGGCUAAGACCAUUAGGGAAUUUGAUAAGCAGUUCACCUCAGUCAUGUUUGGCUACCCUACAAUUGAGGAUUACUAUGCAGAUGCUAGUCCAUGCCGUAGGCUGAAGAGAAUUGGAAUUCCAGUGUUGUGCUUAAAUGCUAUGGAUGAUGUCUUCUCACCAAAUCAUGCCAUACCAGUAGAAACUGCAAAACAAAAUCCUAAUGUGGCUUUGAUUCUUACUUCUUGUGGAGGCCAUAUUGGUUUUCUGGAAGGACUGUGGCCAAGAAGAUGCACAUACAUGGACAGAGUCUUCAGACAAUUUGUUCAAGCUGUGUUUGAGCACGGAAGCAAAAUCCUUAACAUAUAGCAACUUAUCAGAACCAUGACUGCAGCACAGCGGCAUAUUGUGAUCAGGGUAACGAAGCUUAAUGCACACGAUUUAGCAAAUAAGCCAGCAAAUGGAUGAAAUCCAUUAUUAGGAGCGAAAUAUAGUUUGCUUUGAUAAUUUUGCAAUAUAGUUACUUUUUUAUUUUAACAUGCCUUAUAAGAAUGACCUUAAAUAAAAAGAAUACUCUGCACACAUUAAAUUGCACUUAACCAAAACCAUGUAAGUAAACCAAUAAAAAUUACUCAGGUUUUUUAUUUAUUUAGAUAAUUGAUUUAGGAAUCUUGCAUACUUGUUCACAUGCACAUAACAUUCAAAACCAUGAUUCUAUUGUAAUACAUGAAGUGGGCUUGUCUCUAAGGGCACUUAUGGAGGAAACGCUUUAGGAAGAUUUUAAAAGUAAUGCAAAUAGGAGUUUAAAAAGCCAUCAUUAACUUUAGCCAUGGGCUACAAUAGCAUUACAGCACUUUAGACCCUAUGGGGAUUAUAUGUACUGCUUUUUCAUUUACGUUGAUGCCAUAUAUGUCUUACUUUUUAAACAUUGUUAAUUAACUUAUAACAUUUAUAUUUAUACCAGAUGUUUUAUGUUGAAAUGCAGAAUGGAAAUAAAUUACAUUUUUAAAGAAA